GUCAGUGUCUGGUAGGUACGCAGCGCUUCUUGACAGCUCCAGCUUGCCCAAGCGCCUGCUGGAGGAGGCCCCCGCCAUCCCGUUCCCCAGUGCGUGUAAACGUACCUGGCCAGGCCCUGACGCCCAGCGAAUCGCCAGCGCCCGAGCGCCACUGGCGAACGGAGCGAGGCCCGAAAUCAUCGCCGAGACGGACCCAGCGGGCGGGCGCCGCAAGCGGGUUCGGCGUCUAUAAGCGCACCAAACAGAGAGUCGGCCCGCACACGUCGCGCGUUGUGGAAUGCCAUGUUGCACCUGAUGUCGUCCGUCCCUGUCGCUCGUCCAACUUGCCAUUAUCGUGCUCAAUUUUUCUUCUUCUUCUUCUUCUGCUCUCUCAUAAAACGGGCAGCGCAUCCCGUUAUACUUCUGUCAAGACGUCCAGGUGCCAAGCAGGCCCCAACAAGCAUCAGAUUCUAGCCAUGCCGGACAAGAUCCUUGACGACAUCUCCCACAGGCGGUAUAACCCGCUGACCGACAGCUGGCUGCUCGUGUCCCCCCACCGGACGAAGCGUCCAUGGCAGGGCGCGCAAGAGGCUGCCGCCGCCAACACGCUGCCCGAGUAUGACCCCAAGUGCUACCUCUGCCCCGGCAAUACUCGCGCUGCCGGAGACCGGAACCCCAAGUACGAGAAGACGUUUGCUUUUGUCAAUGACUACAGCGCCGUCAAGGAGCAACAGCCCGAUUAUGAGGCAGAGACCUCCUCCGAUAAUCUCGAGUCUCUGCUGCUCCGCGCCCAGGGCGUAAAGGGCGUUUGCUACGUCCUCACCUUCUCUCCCAAGCACCACCUCACCCUCGCCGACAUGCCCGCCACCGACAUCCUCCCGGUCAUUGAGCACUGGACCCGCAUCUAUGCCAAUCACCUCGCCGCCUCAAACCCAUUAUCCAAGCUGGUCGACGGCCUGCAGCUUUCACUGGCCAAAGGGGACGCGCCACAGCCCAAGGACGAGUACCGAUACAUGCAAAUAUUCGAGAACAAGGGUGCCGCUAUGGGAUGCUCGAACCCGCACCCGCACUGCCAGGUCUGGACCACGUCUACCAUGCCCGAGGAGCCGGGCAAGGAGCUCGCGCAGAUGACAAAGUAUCGCAAGCAGCACGGCGGGCGCCACCUGUUGGGCGACUACGUGCAGCUGGAGCUGACCAAGCAAGAGCGCGUCUUGUGGCAGAACGACGGCUUUGUGGUUGUGUGCCCGUGGUGGGCCGUCUGGCCGUUCGAGGUGCUCAUCCUGUCGCGGCGGCACAUCCGCUCGCUCGUCGACUUCAAGCUCGAGGAGCGGCUGCAGCUCGCCGAGGCCAUCCAGGAGGUCACGCGGCGGUACGACAACCUCUUUGAGUGCAGCUUUCCCUACAGCUCGGGCAUCCACCAGGCGCCGCUGCAGGGCACCGAGGAGGAGGUCGAGAACUCGUAUUUCCACAUGCACUUUUACCCGCCGCUGCUGCGGUCUGCGACGGUCAAGAAGUUCCUUGUCGGGUACGAGCUAAUGGCAGAGCCACAGCGAGACAUUACGCCGGAGCAGGCCACAGCUCGGCUGCGCAACUGCGGCGGAGAGCUCUACCGAAAUAAUCUGAAGCAAUGAAUCCUCCCAUAGAACUCUUCCGUACCUCUAUUAAGCCUGUCCGUUCCAG